ACCCGUCGUGUACCCGUCGUGUACCGUGCCAUUGCCAUUGCGCGUAUUCAGUGCCGUACAAACGUACAAUUCGGUAUGGCUUAGUGUGCGGUGCAUUUUCUACCCAUAGUGCCAUUGUGCCGUAUGUACGUACUCCGGCAUCGACUGCUCUGCCGACUUGUAUCGCUUCGCCACUAAACCGUACUUAUUCAGUGAUGAGUGGGUUUUUAUGUGCCGCACAUUAUGUUCGGCGCGUUCGCGUUUCGAGUGCAAAAUGUUCUCUCUGCUGAGCAAACGUUUGUCUAAAAUCUAAUGAUUUUACUGGCGCUCUAUGACAUGUGUGAUAUAAGGUGUUGUGCUCUAGUGAAUAUGUGUUAAUGCAACUCGUUAUAUAGAUUAGUUUUACAAGAUGGCGGACUUAGAGGCGGUGCUGGCAGAUGUCAGCUACCUGAUGGCCAUGGAAAAGUCCAAAUGCACCCCGGCGGCCAGAGCCAGUAAGAAAAUCAUACUGCCCGACCCUAGUGUGCGAAGUGUUAUGCAUAAAUACCUGGAGAAAAAGAAUGAAGUCAACUUCGAUAAAAUAUUUAAUCAAACAUUAGGAUAUCAGUUAUUCAAAGACUAUUGUGAAAAUGCAUCAGAAGAACCAAUACCACAGCUUAAAUUUUAUGAAGAGAUUAAACAGUAUGAAAAGACUGAAUGCCCUGACGAGAGGCGAAAACUUUCAAAAGAAAUAUAUGAUAAUUAUAUUAUGAAAGAAAUGCUUGCCCAUUCGCAUCAUUAUUCAAAAUCAACAAUAUCACACGUUCAUAAGCAUUUAAUAAAAAACGAAGUUCCAGUGACUCUAUUUGAGCCUUACAUAGAAGAAAUAUUCAAUCAUUUACGAGGAGAACCUUUUAUUAAGUUUUUAGAAAGUGAUAAGUAUACUAGGUAUUGCCAAUGGAAAAAUUUAGAAUUAAAUAUACAACUUACAAUGAACGACUUCAGCGUGCACCGAAUAAUUGGUCGAGGAGGCUUUGGAGAGGUAUAUGGAUGUCGAAAAGCCGAUACAGGGAAAAUGUAUGCGAUGAAAUGUCUAGACAAAAAGCGAAUUAAAAUGAAGCAAGGAGAAACUUUAGCUUUAAAUGAACGGAUUAUGUUGUCACUCGUCAGCACCGGUGCUGAUUGUCCAUUCAUAGUUUGUAUGACAUAUGCAUUUCACACACCUGAUAAAUUGUGUUUUAUACUGGAUUUAAUGAAUGGAGGAGAUUUACAUUAUCAUUUAUCACAACACGGCGUUUUCGGUGAAUCCGAAAUGAAAUUUUAUGCCGCUGAAGUAAUACUAGGCUUGGAGCAUAUGCAUAGAAGAUUCAUUGUAUAUCGAGAUUUAAAACCGGCAAAUAUCCUGUUGGAUGAGCAUGGACAUGUCCGUAUAUCGGAUUUAGGACUUGCUUGCGACUUUUCAAAAAAGAAGCCACACGCAAGCGUCGGCACACAUGGCUAUAUGGCACCUGAAGUGUUAUCUAAAGGUACGCCAUACGAUUCAAGCGCAGAUUGGUUCAGCUUUGGUUGUAUGCUGUAUAAGCUUUUGAAAGGUCAUUCGCCGUUUCGACAACACAAAACGAAAGACAAACACGAAAUUGACAGGAUGACAUUAACUAUGAAUGUAGAGCUUCCGGAAUCAUUUAGCAAAGAAUUACGAUGUUUGCUGGAAAGCCUUCUUCAACGUGAUAUUGAUAAAAGGCUCGGAUGCAAAGGAAAUGGGGCGGAUGAAGUAAAGGAGCAUGCAUUUUUUUCUGGCAUUGACUGGCAACAAGUUUACUUGCAAAAAUAUACUCCUCCAUUAAUACCUCCACGAGGCGAAGUGAAUGCAGCCGAUGCAUUCGAUAUUGGAUCUUUUGACGAGGAAGACACAAAAGGAAUAAAGCUUACUGAAGCUGAUCAAGACCUGUAUAAAAAUUUUUCAUUGGUAAUUUCUGAGCGAUGGCAAUCAGAAGUUGUUGAAACUGUCUUUGAAAGUAUUAAUCAAGAAGCUGAUAAAAUGGAAAAUAAACGUAAAGCUAAACAGAAGCAACGUUUUGAUCUGAAUGAAAAAGAAUCCGAUUGUAUUCUUCACGGUUUUAUUAAAAAAUUAGGGGGGCCUUUUGCUUCCGCAUGGCAAACACGGUAUGCGAAACUGUAUCCAAAUCGAUUAGAGAUGCAUUCUGAGAGUGGGAGCACGAAACCGGAGUUGAUAUUUAUGGAUCAAAUAGAAGAAGUAGCUCCGGAUUUGGUAUCUAUUAAAAAUGAACAAUGCAUUGUUAUGCGGACACGCGAAGGAAAACUUGUGUUAACGAAUCCAGAUGAAAUUGGUUUGAAGGAAUGGGCUUUAUCUUUGCGAACUGCUCAUAAAACUUCACAGGAGUUGCUGGGUUCAGUGGCAAAGAAAGCAGGCAAAAUAUAUGGAACAGGAAAAGAACAGUCAAAAUUGUCACAUGUAAAUAAUACACGUAAUGCUAAUGGAAACUAGUUAUCUGCAAGAUAAAUUGAUAAACAUCUUGCAAGACGUUAGUUGCUUAUAUCCCUUUCGUGCAGUGUUGCCAUGAUGUAAUUGGUUUUUCGAACCAAGGACAGUUGUACUUAUGUUUUAUCAUGUUUGUGUAAUUAAUAAUAACAUUAAUAAUAAUAUGGAAAAAUUGUACUUAAUCAUUAAACACUCGC